UUUUGAAGCUUUAUUCAUUUUAAUUAACGAAAACUGCCAUUCAAAAAGAGUGCAAUUUAAGUUGAAACCAAUUAAACGUAAUCUUGCGACAUUUAGAUGUGCAAAUGUGACACAAAAAAUCAACAAAUGCCUCAUUAUUACAAUCCAAUCGAAACACACCCAGGCACACCUCAUGCAGGCUACGUCGUUCCCUUGAAGGAGUAUCUCGUAUCAGUUUGGACAUUGUUUGCGUGUUUUGUUGACGUGCCUAAGAAGACUGUAAUUGAAUUUCACCACGAUAUUGUUUCCUCCGUCUUUCUCGAAUGCGAAGGCCGGCAACGCUAGGCCAAUGACUAUCGGUAGCAAACCAUUUGAUAAUAGUUUUGAACAUCAGCUUAUUUGAAAGUGCCCUUUUUAUCUUCUCCCUACUGCCGGGCACAUUCUGCGACUCAAACCUUUUCAUGUUUUUAGCUUGGAAUUCAAUAUUCACAAAACACUAUGAUUAUAACACCUUUAAAGAUGUAAAUUCCAUGGGGGAAAGGGUUGUUUUUAAUUCGUGUUGAUAAUGAAUCACUCGGCUGUCCGUGACUGAGCAUUUUUCAUCUUGAUAUGCGUUGUCGCUCAAAAGAAAACUCGCGCUUGAUGGUUCGAUUUCAUGAACGGGAUGUCCGGACGGAUAAUGAUGGAUUUUCAGCGCCAAAAAUAGUUGCCAUAGCUUCGACGGAUAUUAUAACAUGGAACGCGGGACUGUCACUAAUCUGAGAGUUUAAUGUCCCGAGUGAAUCAAAUAAACUUCCAUGGAAUUUUAGACAUAAAAAGCAAAAUGUCAAUUUUACUGCUGUGAAAACCCAAGUAUUCAGUCCCAUUUUUAGUUUCGUUUCAAUUUGCUGGUUGAAUGAAACCACAGACUGUCUCUGCCGCCACUGUCUAUAUCUUGACAUCUCUGCGAUCAUAGGUUGUUAAAAUGAUUAUUUCUUGAAACGCAGGACUACGACCCCGUUCGAUACCUGCGUUGUUGAUUUACACUUUUUCUUUUGGACAUUUUUCUUCAGAGGAAACAGGGUCUCCAGCAGAUAUUUAAGCCAACAACAACUCAGUGUGCAUGCAGUGCAGUGUAUUUCAUCGUCUAAAAAAAGCUAAACUUCACAGCUUCAGUUAAAAACGUGCGCAUGUCAUUUAACCUAUAAAUGGAUCUGAUUAGCAUUCUAAAUAAAAAAAUAUGACAGGCCACGUUCCUUUUGAAAGGUCAACGGGGUACUAGUUGAGUUGCUAAAACAUAUCAGAACUGUUUCUACGUCAACACCGCCGGACCCAAUCACUGACUAACCUGACACGUCGCUGUAGAACAUUACAUCCGUGGAAAUGUUGAGGUGGACUCAGAAGUCCUAAUUGCACUCUGGAAACGCACGGAAGCGGUGCUCGGGAAAAAUGUGAGAGCUGGCACAACAUGCGUCAGCCACGGGAAGCGAUGAGGGCUGAGGGUACUUGGCGGGCCUUCGUCCUGCUCGUUUUAGCGUGCUGUGCUACCACACACCAGGCGUCGUCACUGGGCGGUAGUUCAGCCAUUGCUAUACAGCACAACGGGUACACCAACGUUGCUGUGUUCAUCGAUCCAGGAGUUCGUCCAAAUGAUCAUCUGUUGAAUGAAAUAAGGGAGAUGUUUCGGGAUGCUUCAGGCGAAAUGUACAGGGCGACCGACCGCCGUCUCUACUUCCGCAACGUUACCAUUUUCGUGCCCCAGACCUGGCCGGCGAGUCCAGACUAUCUGACCCACGUCGAUGCUAGGCCGGAGGACCCUGAUGUCAUUGUGGGGCCCUCCGAUGGCAACCCCCCGCCGCUUCCUUACACCAGACGCAACAGAGGAUGCGGCCAGGAAGGGCUGAGCAUCAUCUUCAGGGACACCUUCCUCCUAGAUCAUAAUACAACAAUUGCCUAUGCAUCUCUUGGAAAAGUGUUGGUAUACGAAUGGGGCCAAUAUCGCUGGGGUCUGUUCGAUGAAGUCUCCGAUGACGAGGAGAAUCAGUUUUAUUAUUCCAGUUCGACACAGCAGUUUGAAGGAAUCAGGUGCUCUUUAAACAUAACGGGUACGCCGAUGGUAGUGGAGUCAGAUGGAGUGAGUUACCGGCCGUGCUAUGGGAACGUCGUUGACGGGUACGAAGAUAGUUGCCUUUUCAUCCCCUCGGAGGCACAGCAAAACGCCACGGGAUCAGUCAUGUACGGAAGGGGGAGAUUUCACAACAUCGUGGACUUCUGCGACUCAGAUACGGGAAAGCUCACGAGCCUUCACAACCGCGAUGCUCCCAACCGGCAAAACUACCUUUGCGACCGUCAGAGCAACUGGGAGGUGAUGAGAGGACAUGAUGACCUCAAAGAUGGCAACAACCCGCCACGUGAGCUUUCGGAAGAUGAUCUCAAGCCUACCUUUCAAAUCGUUCAGCGUGGGCCCACGAGGCUUGUUGUAGCCCUAGAAACAUCCAGGGAUAUGCAGGGGGAGACAUUCCAGCGGAUGAUCAGCGCCACAGCGGCUUUCAUCUGGACCCUCCCCGCUGGUGUGUCGUUGGGACUGGUGGAAUAUAACGACAAUGCCCACGCACUCAGCGACAUGGUUAGCAUUUAUACCGAUGACGAUCGUCGUACCCUCCUAGAUGCUCUACCAAAAUCGACAAGUGGAUAUGCGUCUGUAGGAGGCGCGUUACACAAAGCAGUUGAGUUAAUACAGUCUGGUGACAGCAACCGAGCGGGUGACCGUAUUCUUCUCUUGAAUGGAUACCAAGGAACAAUUUUUCCCUCUAUAGACUUUGUUAUGGGUAAUAUUCUCCAGGCAAGGGUUAUCGUCGAUACGGUCGCAAUGACACAGAAUGCCGACCCCAAACUCAGCGAGGUGUCUCAACUGACAGGAGGGAAAUUUUAUUCUGCAUUAAGUGACUCAGGGGCGGCAACCACAUUGACAGACGCACUAACAAAAUCUGUCGAUAGAAGUGACAUCAAUAACUCUGAAAAGCAGCUCCAAAUUUGGAGCAUGUCUUUCACCAUUCCAGUCGGUGAGUCCCGGACCGCAUUAACUUACAUCGAUGCAACUAUCGGCAAGAACACAAAGUUCACCUUUUCCUGGGCAGAACGAGCCAUACCAAAUAUUACACUGAGCAGCCCGGCAGGAGAUGUCCUGACGCCUUCCUAUCUGGGGUUCACGGUCAAUGCUACAUUUAGAUUAGCCGUGUACAGUUUGAUUGGAAUAGCUGCGGAGGGUCCGUGGAGUAUAAAUAUCGAGAACAUAGACCCAUCCUUGCUAAUCACCGCUGAGGCUUCGCUGACGUCAUCCCCGAGAGACGCUGACGUACCGCCCAUCUCCGUGACGUCAUCAAUCAGCGACUUCUCAAAAGACUUUGAAAAAGAGGAGGCCCCGUUAACAAUCUAUUCUGAAGUGCGCCAGGGGUACGGCAAUGUGGUCAACGCUACAGUUACUGCCUUGGUGUCGAUUCCAAACCCAGCGAACCCGGUAGAAAUUCAACUAUUCGAUACUGGGAUAGGAGCUGAUAUCACCAGGAACGAUGGAAUCUACUCCGCAUAUUUCACGAAGUACAGCGGGGAUGGGUUCUACGGAGUCGAAGUGCGUGUUGAGAACAACGGACACGAUGCAAUAGUCACUGAUUUGCCGUUCUCGUCUGAUGGAGGUCUUCGGAGGCAAGCACGCUCCGUUCAGAGUUCAGUGCCGAUCUUCAAGCGCGUGGUUUCUACGGGCUCGUGCAGAGUCGUCAAGGCACCGGCGCCAGACACAGACCCGUUUCCCCCCGGUAAAGUGACGGAUUUGCGGGUAGUCGCUUCCUCGUACACCGACAGAACGGUGCGACUGGCGUGGACCGCGACUGGAGAUGACUUCGAUAGCGGAAGAGCUGACUCUUAUGAAUUGAUGAGAGGAGUAAAUGCCGAGUCCAUCCUGACAGGCUCUGGCACUGAGAUCAUUCCACAGUCAGACAUACUCCAAGGAGACUUGAGCGACCCCCACGUGUCUGGCUCUCCCGAGGAAUUCACCGUCACCGUGCCCGUCAGCACCGACAUAGCUCCGUUCGCCUUUGCCGUGGUUGCCCGAGACGACGCCAAUCGGACGUCUCCCCUCUCUAACAUCGUGCUCGUUGCGCUGCGCAGAUAUAUCCCCGCCGCCCCGGGGCCCACUACAACCGUGGUGCCCAGACUAACCACCACCUCGGUCGCGACGGGUAUUGCCUCGCCUGCGUUCACGGAGAGUACAGAUCAGGUCGGCACUGGCACCAUGCCAUCCAACCCAUCGGUCACGACUGGAGUAGACUCGUCCAUAUCCAUGACGAACACAACACAUAGUGAGACUGGCACCACACUCUCAGAAUCGACAUCCGUCGGGGCAUCGAUACCAGUAAACGGCACAAACGAACCGAUCCUCACUCGAAAUCAGAUCAUCAUUAUUUGUGUCUGUGGAGGCACUGGGUUUUUGACAUUUGUAAUUUUGCUGUCUGUUUCUGUAUCCAAAUUCAACACAGGUUCACGCACACCGGUCGUGACGCCUGAAUCGGGGCAGUCCAUCAUUGAGCCUUUGAGCAAGGAGAUGCAAAAGUACGACGAUUCUGAUGUUGAAAUAGUCGAUCUCGGCACGCAGGGUAAAUACACCGCAGACACUGAGGUUUAAGUCGAAAGCAUUAACCAACUGGCUGCACGGAUGAAACGCAGCUUCAAUCUGGGAAGUUUCUAAGUGAAUUCAUAAUCAUUGGCAGAGAAAAAACUGUUAAGCUCGUAGUUGACAAGAACAUGCAUGACACGCCCAAAGGUAUUUGCAAACGGUUAAAAUUAGGUAAAAUGUGAUAAUUCUUGCCAUGUAAAAUUACGCACGAAGAAUGUGUAACACGGAGCGAGACGAUAUCAACUGCCCAUUAUCCGCCCACUCAUAGCUAUCAGCCCAGCCAUCCCUUUGAAAAGUAUAACCUUAUAGCACUCCGUAUUUAGGCGCACCCUGGCAAAUGCAACAUGCUUUUUUGUACUUUUAUCAUUAUACAAUAGACUUAUGACGCCAGAGCACAACGUACACAAUUUACAUUUAUUUAUUUUAGCUCAUAAACUCUUGUACAUAGCAAAAUUAUCACAGACGUAAAUCAUAAUAUCCCAUUUUUUUGUAAGUUCGUGGUAUAUGAAAUAAUAAAUGCCAAGCUAUGACCUUUUGUUAUAAUAGAAAAAUGAAAGAAAGACUUUCGUUUUCAUCACAAGAUACACUCAGUCUAUAAACCACUGGUAUUAAGCCCGUGCAGUAUCUAAAUUGGAUGAACAGUGAAUGGAAAUAAGAAGAAACGCGGGUACAUUGAAAGUGCACGUGUAGUUCAUAAUUGCAUUUUCACAAUUAACAAUUGUGGAUGGUCUGUCACAUCUUUGGUAGCAAACCCUUUUCAAGGGCGGACCCAGAACCAACUUUGAAAGGGGAACUUGUUGGGGCCACACAUUUGUGAAUUAUUUCAAGGGACCUGCUUUAGCCUUUCUGUGGGGUGAGGGUGCUUUACAGGCUUUUUACACGCUUUGAGAAGAAACGGGUGAAAUAGAUCAAAACAAUUGCCUUUCUUUUUUUUUAUUUUUAAAACAACUUUGGAGCUUGUUGGGGGGGGGGUCAUGCUCACCGUUACCCCCCCCCCAUCCGCUGGAUCCGCCCGUGAAGUCAGUAUCACACAUACAAAAGCAAUGACUUUUGGCUGAUUUUAGAAAUAUUGCCUCGCUUUCCAGUCGGUCAUUCCUUCCUGAGACAGGGAUAUCAGUGGAAUGCAGCUAUCAAUUAUGGAAAUCGAUUGUCAAACAAUGUGUCAAUUCAAAACUGAUGUUUGGCGGUAAUAUUGUCCCCAUUUUGUAAAAGUUGUAGAAGACAAUACCACAUGUCCCGCCCACUCUGAAUUGAGAUUUGCUUUUUCGGGAAAUCACGUGUUUUUGUAUACUGGAAAAAGUCUGAAGACCGCAAACUUCAACGAUCUGCCAUUUUAGUGUAAAGGAAUUGGAUUGCGUACAAAAAAAUCAGUCCAAAAGCCACUUUGGAAAAGUUUAAAAACAUGUUUAUUUUUUUAAGAUUUUACUUCAUAACAGUCAGAAAGUUAUCGAAUCUUCAUUUUCUUUGCUAAACAAGAAAAUAGCACGAAUGAGUAAAAUGCAUGGGCUGCCCUGCAGCAGAAGUACAAAAAUAUUGAGGCCUCUAUGAUCUAAAAUGUUUACUUUAUGAUACCAUGAAAUGGUUUCAUUUAUAAUAUAAUUUACAAUUUGUCAAACAAAUGAAUGGUAUCACAGUCAAUAAUUACUAGCAAUUAAUGAGCACCAUGUUGAUUUAUUAUUUCAGUGAAUCAUUGGUCUUGAUUUCAAUGUGCAAUAUCUACCUAAUUAAUUAGUCAAUCUCUCCGUGUGCUAAACCUUUUUGAGAACAGCGACUCCAACAGGCUGAUACCAUUUCCUCUUGGACAAUAAAGAUUUUUGUAAUAAAUCAUAA